AUGUGCGCACUUGCAGAGAUUCUGAACGAGAUUCUUAUUCACCUAUACAAUCCAUCCAAGGAACUACCUCGGUCUCAAGCAUACAAAUGCGCAGACUCACAGAGCUUCAAGCUGCGAAAUUGGUGGCGAGACCUCCCAGAACACCUCAAGAUCAACAUCUCAGAUCCAAACCUAGAAUGCCCUCCAAGCCACAUCGUAACGCUCAAUUGUCUCUUUCAUACCAUCAACAUCUUGACAAAUCGCGCGAAGCUAAAAUUGAGUCGCGAACCAGACUUGGCGGGCCAGAUGACCGAGGACAACCCGUUAGUCCAAUGUAUGUCAUCAGCGACUUCGAUAAUUGCUUUAAUCGACUUAUAUAAGCGCACAUUUGGCGAUGGACAUGUCGUCUUAAGUCUGGCCUACAGUGUCUAUACAGCGGCUUCUAUCUUUCUCCUGGAAGUGCAGGCGCUAGGCCAUGCUGCGCCCAGCACGCUAGAAAGGUUAUCAUUUUGCGUAGAAGCCCUAGAUCGGCUGAGAGUGACCAGUCCAGUCAUCGCCACUGCCUCAGAUCUGAUCGCAAGAGAGCUCGAUGCCCUCGGCAUACAAACAACGGUCAUGCUUCCUCCCGCAUCCAGUCAUACUGUAAAUCAACCGGUUGCAGACCGUCCGCCUCCGCCACUGCCCACUAAUGCUCCAACAAUCAUGAACAACCCCCAAUCUUACGGCCCAGCCAAUCAACUUGGAACCACAAUAACGCUCGACAAUCCUUACCUGGUAGGCGACAUGGAUGAUUCACUGGGCUUCAACCUUCUCGACAUGUCGACCGAGAUGUACGAAACCUUUUCGCAGGUUGAGCCGAUCAGGGUAACGAUGAACCCAGGCUUCGAUAUCUUCUAG